CCAAUGAUAGAUGAAGUUUUUUCCUAUUUCUUUUGUCUUCUCUUCCUUCUUCUUAUAAAUUCCUCUACUCCUCCUUCACCAUUUCCUCCUCCUCACCUUCUCUCUCUCAACAUCUCUCUCUUUCUCUGUCUUCUCUCUGUCUCAACGAGAAUAUGACUAACCAGAAUGUCAUCGUUUCCGACAGGAAACCCAUCUUGGGUUUGAAAACCAUCACUGUCUCUGUCUCUAACUCUCCUCUGUUCUCUAAUUCCUUUCCCACUUACUUUAACUUCCCUCGUCGAAAGCUCUUGAAACUUCUUGAAGCAGCCGACAAAAACAACUUAGUUGUUGCUCCAAAGAUUACGUCUAUGAUCGAUUCCAUGCGUGAUUCUUCCCCUACACGUCUCAGAUCCUCUUCCUAUGACUCUGUUUCAGAUAACGACGACAAAACAUCUUGGAUCGUUCGUUUUCCUUCGGCUUUAAAUAUGUUUGAUGAGAUUGUGAAUGCUGCGAAAGGGAAACAGAUUGUCAUGUUUCUUGAUUACGACGGAACUCUUUCUCCCAUAGUUGAAGAUCCCGACAAAGCUUUCAUAACCCAUGAGAUGAGAGAAGUCGUAAAAGACGUGGCUUCGAAUUUCCCGACUGCUAUUGUCACCGGGAGAUCCAUUGAGAAGGUUCGUAGUUUUGUCCAAGUAAACGAGAUUUACUACGCCGGAAGCCACGGCAUGGACAUUGAAGGUCCGACCAACGAAAAUAGUAACGGCCAGAGUAAUGAAAGAGUGCUAUUCCAACCUGCUCGUGAAUUUUUACCGAUGAUCGAGAAGGUGGUUAAUAUUUUAGAGGAAAAAACAAAAUGGAUCCCUGGGGCUAUGGUGGAGAACAACAAGUUUUGUCUGUCCGUACAUUUUCGACGUGUUGAUGAGAAGAGAUGGCCUGCAUUAGCUGAAGUAGUAAAAUCAGUUCUUAUUGAUUAUCCAAAGCUGAAACUAACCCAAGGUAGAAAGGUACUUGAAAUCCGCCCCACAAUCAAAUGGGACAAGGGCCAGGCACUCAAUUUUUUACUAAAAUCAUUAGGAUAUGAAAAUUCGGAUGAUGUUGUGCCGGUGUAUAUCGGGGAUGACCGUACUGACGAAGAUGCGUUUAAGGUUUUACGUGAAAGGGGACAAGGUUUUGGGAUUCUUGUCUCAAAAGUACCAAAGGACACCAAUGCCUCUUAUUCUCUUCAAGACCCUUCUCAGGUUAACAAGUUUCUGGAACGUUUAGUAGAAUGGAAGAGGAAGACAGUGGGAGAAGAGUGAAAGACAUGCAACAUAAUUACACAAAUAACACCUGAGUUUUGAGUAGAUUAUUAAUUUAUAUAAACACCCUUUUUAAAUUAGUAGAUGCCUGGAGGGUGUUUCGGCCAGAAGUUUUUCUUUUAAUCUACAUCGAACCGAAAAUUGUAAAUUUCGUGUAACGAUUUAGAAAUGGAAAAAUAUAUUAAUAAUUUACUCAUUCUUAUUUGACCUUUCCUUUGUUCACUUUCUUGUUGUACAUUUUUUCUUUCUUUUAUAACUUUCAUGGUUUAAUUACUGAAUAUGGGAUGAUUUUUUUGAUACUGGAAAAGUUUUAAAAUGUACUGUUGUAAACGAAUAAAUCAAAC